AUGCGUCCAUCCUCACUGCCGAGCCUGCUGGGCGUUCUCCAGUGGCUGAACAUCAGCGCUGAUCCAGAGGUUCUGGAUUUGGGGAAACACGACAGCCAGAAAAGGAGGCAACAGGGAAGUGAUUUGAGAAAAAUGACUAAACAUCAUAAGAGUCAUCCUAGAGAGAAAUGUUAUAAAUGUAAGGAAUGUGGAAAAGCUUUCAGACAAUGCUCACACCUUACUGAACAUGAAAAGAUUCAUUCUGGAGAGAAGCCUUAUAAAUGUAAUGAAUGUGGAAAAGCCUUCACUCACAACUCAAGCAUUAUACGGCACCAGAGGAUCCAUACAGGGGAGAAACCGUAUAAAUGUAAUGUAUGUGGGAAAGCCUUCAUUCAGAAAUCUGAUCUUAAUGUACAUCAGAUGAUUCAUACUGAAGAAAAGCCUUUUAAAUGUAAUGAAUGUGGGAAAGCAUUCAGUAAAUCCUCUUACUUUAUUCAACAUCAGUUAAUUCAUACUGGAGAGAAACUUUAUAAAUGUCAUGAAUGUGGGAAAGAAUUCACUCAGAAUUCUGGUCUUAUUCAACAUCAGAAGAGUCAUACCAGAGAGAAGCCUUAUAAAUGUAACGAAUGUGGGAAAGCAUUCUCUAAUACCUCACGAGUUAUUCAGCAUCAGAGAAUUCAUACUAGAGAGAAGCCUUAUAAAUGCAAAGCAUGUGGGAAGGCAUUUACUCAGAAUUCAACCCUUACUCAACACCAGAAGAUUCAUAAUGGAGAGAAACCUUAUAAAUGUAAUCAUUGUGGUAAAUCAUUCACUCAUAUAUCUGGCCUUAUUCAACAUCAGAGGAUGCAUACUGGAGAGAAGUCUUAUAAAUGUAAUGAAUGUGGAAAAGCAUUCUUUAAAACCUCACAUGUUACUCAACAUCAGAGGAUUCAUACUGGAGAAAAACCUUAUAAAUGUAAAGAAUGUGGGAAAGCCUUCAUUCAGAAUGGUAGCCUCAUUCGACAUCAGAGGAUUCAUACUGGAGAGAAGCCUUAUAAAUGUAAUGAAUGUGGGAAAGUUUUCUCUAAUUCCUCACAUGUUAUUCAACACCGAAGGAUUCAUACUGGAGAGAAACCUUACAAAUGUAAGGAAUGUGGGAAUGCUUUCACUCAGAAAGGUAGCCUCAUUCGACAUCAGAAGGUUCAUGUUGGAGAGAAGCCUUAGAACAAAUGUGACCAAGCAUUCCUUGACUCAUUGACAGAUUAUUUAGAACUGGAAGAUUUGUACUGGCCAGUAGCCUUAUAAAUGCCAUUAAUGUGGAAAAACAUUACCUCAGAGGUCAAGCCUUAUUCUAUUUGAGAGGAUUCAUACUGAAGCGAAGUCUUAUAAGUGUAAUAAUACAUGUGGCAAACGCUACAGUUGCAGCUCAUUACUUAUUGAACAUCAGAAGAUUUAUAAUGGAGAGAAGGCUUAUAAAUGUAAUAAAUGUGGGAAAAGCUUCAAUUGCAGUUCAUAACUUAUUGAAAUACAGUGAUUCAUGCGGUAGAGAAGUCUUUUAAAUGUAAUGAAUCUUCAGUUGCAGCUCAUAACUUUUUGAACCUCAGAUGAUUCAUACCAGAGAAAGGAAUGUUGGAAAGUCAUCAGUCAUUGCCCAGAUCUUGUUAAGCACUGGAGGAUUCUUAUUGAAAAGAAGCCUUUUGGAUGUAUCAAAAGCCUUCUAUUACAUGUCGAUUCUACGUAGCUGUUAGAGGAUUCCUGUUGUAGAAUAGCCUUAAAAUUAAGUAAAUAUGGGAAGGCAUUCAGUAAAUCCUCACACUUUAUUCAAAAUCAGCUGAUUAAUCCUGGAAAGAAGUCUUAAACAUGUAGAACAGCUUUCUAUGGUAGUAUGUAACUAAUAAAACAUCCCCAGGUUCAGUAUUGUAGAGAAUCGUAGACAUGUAAUAAAUACCAGAAAACUUUCUCAGACGAAGUUUUACUCAGAAUCACAGUAAUAGGGAAAAAAGCCUCCCCACGUCUAAUUUAGGUCAGAGGAUCAUGGAAUUGGAGCUGGAAGGGACCUUGGAAGCCAUCAAGCACACUUUUGCCAAGGAGGAAAUUGAAGUUGA